CUCUACUUCCUAUCUCGCACAAACAUCUCCUGCUUCUCUUCGUACAAUACACCCUUCCUCCACAAACAUCUUCCACCACAAAUCACCCAGACCAGGGUAUCUACCUCUCAGACUAACCCCCGUGACGUCACCGUACGCAUACCGAGGGCGCAACUCCAGAACAGCUGAGAACCAUAACCAUAAUAACCACAACCUGCAGCGCCCUUCCAGGCCCCUCUCAUUCCAUCUCAUCCUUAUAAUUCAUUCCUCCAAACCCAUCCCAUUACCGAACAACCAAGACGCUAAUAACCACUCAAUUGCCUCACCACCCUCCUCUCCCAAACAAACCCUCUCCUAUCCUACCCAUCGCAAACCACAAUCGUCGCAACCAACAAUGGCCUUCCUCCUGAGCCGCACAACAACCACUCUCCUAGGCACCGGCCUCGGUGUCGGCCUCUCCCUAUCCCUCCACCCACUUUCCCCCUUCCGCGCACCCCCAAUGCAAUGCCAAUACACCGCUCCCUACUACCGCCCCGAAUCCCAAAUCUCCCCGGACUCCGGCUGGGCCAUGGACUCCCAGGACCCGUUGCUGCGUAAACAAGGCACUACCAGAAACUCGAGUCAUAAUACUGCUGGUGGCGGGAUCCUGACGGCCUCGAACAUGCGCCAGGUCAGUCUGGGCAGCGUGCUGGGGUUGGUUGUGGGUGUGGGGUUGAGGGCGUUUUCGAGAGUGUUGGUGGUGCUCUUGGGGAUGGGGAUUGUUGCUGUUGAGUGGGCUGCGGCGAGAGGAUAUAAUCUGCUUCCGGUCAACACGGUGCAGAAGUACUUUAAGCGGGUGGAUCUGCAAAAGACGGUGUCACGUCAUAUUCCCUUCAAGAUUAGUUUCGGGGCUACGAUGGGGUUGGCUGCGUUUGCGCAGUUCUAGGUAGACUAUGUUGAAAUAUGCGGUAUCAAUGUGAUUUGGUGGUAUCGCAUCUCGAAGAAUCUAUGUAUCUUGUCUAGCGAAUGAAGAAACACCGGGCUUACUACGCUCCAAUUGCUGCAAUAAGUAUUCCGUGUU